CUUGUAGUUUCAGACUGUACAGUGAGCGCCCCUCUCCGUGACUCUGGUAGGAAAAGUCCUGCAGACGGAUGCGCACUCGUGUCGGACCUCCUAUUUGCUGUGACGCUGCUCCCCAGAGUCGUGUCUGGAGCGCUGCUGCUCACUUCCCAGCCGGCAUUCAAGCGUUCGCGGUCCCUGCUUCAACUGCGCCCUCCACCUCACCCCCCGUGACUGUUGUCCGGUUAACCGGGGUCCUCCAGGGCUCCCCGGGUGACCACGAAGAUCGCACCCAUCCAGCCGAUGCAAGAGGGGGAUGACUGAAAGAAGUUGUGCCAUCCAGAAUAUCCGGCGGUUUUUACGUCGCUGAUUCCAAGAGGCGCAGACCUUCCAAAAAAAACCCAAUAUGAUGUCUGCUAUAGAGAAUGGUGGCCCCGUGUACCCACCUGCACAGCUGCUCAACUGGGUCUACAUGUCUCUGCAGGACACUCAGAGAGACACUUUGGAUGCGUUCAAAUCCGAGUCGGACACUUCACACCUGGACACGAACUUCUCCAAGCGCAGCGCAGCGGACCUGAGCGCCAACUAUCUCAACAACUUCUUCCAUCUGAGGAGUGAGGCCUUCAACAAGAAUUUCUUCAAGAGCUCCUCGUCCUACGGGUCCCUCAACAAUAUCGUGGAAGGCCUGAGCUCUCUGGCGGACCACUUCUCAGACCUCUCCCUGUCCCCUGAGACUCGAAAAUCCAGCAAAAGGCCGCCCCCCAACUACCUGUGCCACCUUUGCUUCAACAAAGGCCACUACAUCAAAGAUUGCCCUCAGGCUCGGCCCAAAGGCGAAGGCCUGACCCCGUACCAGGGAAAGAAGAGGUGCUUCGGUGAAUACAAAUGUCCUAAAUGCAAGAGGAAGUGGAUGAGCGGGAACUCCUGGGCCAACAUGGGACAAGAAUGUAUCAAGUGCCACAUCAACGUUUACCCUCACAAGCAGCGACCUCUGGAGAAACCGGACGGGUUGGAUGUAUCGGACCAGAGCAAGGAGCAUCCACAACACCUGUGUGAAAAGUGCAAAGACCUCGGCUACUACUGCCGCCGCGUGCAAUAAAAGCACUCCUCUCGCCUUACGUACCCCUUUCCAAGAUUUAUAAAAAACAGGAGGAGUAUUUUAUCUACAGACAAUACAUCGAUUUACUUUAUUGGACUUAAUGCAUCGAACGGUUUCAUUUUCACGAGCCUCUCUUUGACACUGUGAUUCUAUAGAGUACAAGAGGAUCAUCUUACUUUAUAUUUGCUGGGUUCUUGUAAUUUACUCAGUUAUCAUUACGUGAAUAUUCAGUUGAAGUCUUACCUAUGAAUCUUACCAACUGUGAAAUUAAAAAAAAAAGUUUAUUCACUCAUGUCUAACAUGUUGGAACAAAAGAGUCCAGAUGAAGAAGAUUCUCUUUUACAUGUUUGUAUAUUCCAGAAAUAACUUAAAUGUAAUGAUGUUUCUGUAUAAAUAUGCAACAAGUCUUUACUAAGUAGGAUAUUCAGUAUUAGUUUGUAUCUGCAUUAUUAUUAUCUGUAUUAUCAGUACUGGAGGGUACAUCAUUUUUGAAUAUAUUGUUAAGUCAUUACAGUUUUGUUGAUUAUUACACGUUGUGAAAGAAUAUAUUAUCCAACUAACAUUUCUUUCUAAGUAUUUGCCUGUAGGAAGUGUGUCAUUCCAACUAUUAAAGCAAUGCAAUAUUAUAAAAACAGUUAGAUUUCUUUAAAAAUUCUAGCAGUAAGAAAGUCCCACCAAAGUGCUUUUUGGGGAUCAGAAGUCGCAAUAUGUCUUAUACGUCAAAUGAGACUGAAAGGAGUGCACAUCUGGACAAACCAAAGAUGAAGGAUUGAAGUAGAAAGUUGUGUUUCAAUGAAAUUGUGACGAUAAAUGAAUAUGAAACCGAAAUAUUGUUUCUAUAACUGUCUAAGACAUGGGACACGCCAUUUAUUGUGCCUUAUUGAAAUUUUUCCUUAAAAUGUUUUUUUGUAUUAAAAUGUAUUUAAACUUGGA